UUUAACAUAGCAGGUGAAAAUGCAUUUCCAUUGUGAUUAUAAUAAUAGUGGAGUAGAUAAACUAGCGUUAUACUAAAUAACGAAAGCUUUUAAACUGAUUGAAAAACAUUCAAUACGUCGUACAUGUAGCCAUUUGGUAGGUUACUGUAUGUGCAGUAUGAAAAAGAUUGGCAUGUGUUUGCAAUAAAAAUGUACAAAGUAAUUCAUACAACACGUUAUAUUAAGAAUACUGUCAAAGAGAGAAUAUUAUUUUUUGGACAAAACAGCGGUUUGCAUGGGUGCCGACAUGUCUUUAAGGAAAAUGCUUACAUCGUCUAUAGGUUAUUUUGGAUACUAAUCCUGUUGGCAUCCGCGUGGUGUUUAUACCUAUUGCUGGUGCCAGUGAUGGAGCGUGGUGAUGAGAUCGGCUUCGGACUGGACACCCGCUACCUGACCUGGACUACCACAUUCCCAGCAGUUACCGUCUGCGAGAUUUACCAUCACAGAACAGCAGAAAAGAAGCUCGUUGAACGUUACCCGAAUCAGACAAAAACACUUAAUAGCGAUUAUAAGAAACACCUGAGUGCUAUAGUUUAUGGCCGCUAUAAUAACAACAUUAGAAAGCUAGAGCAGACAUGUGGCGGAGUCAUUCCUUGCGACUUGCCUUGGAGAGAUAUGGCAAAUAACAUACGACUUCAAUGUUCGGAAAUGUUAUCAGACUGUUCAUACAAUAACGUCGAGUUCGGAUGUUGUGAUAAAUUUCACAUAGUGGAUUCUGAGUAUGGCCCUUGUGUCUCUUUCAAUACAUUGCAGAACGUAAAAGCUGGCGUAGAUGACUUGUACACUGUAAACAUAACUACUGGGCCGGGAGUGUUACAGUUUAGACUAUUGUCUAAUGCUGAAGUAUCUGUGCAUAGUCCAGAAGAAUUAUCAACAAAUCAACUAAGCAUCAAAUACAAGUUUGAGGUAAUGUUGUAUUUGGCCAAUCGCGUGGAGUAUCUGUUCUCGCUUGUGGAGACAGAGAACGAUCCAAUGCUGCAGUCUGAGGACUUGGCUACCAGGCGGUGCCGCUUUCUUACAGAGCUUCCUAAAGACCCUCUUUAUGUUUAUCCGGUGUACUCUUUCGGCACAUGUUAUCUUGUGCAUGAAACAAACCAUUUAUUUGAACAUUGUGGAUGUGUUCAUCCAAUUCGAGAUAUAUUCUAUAAAAAUAAGUUCUGCAAUUAUACCGGUUUAAACUGCAUAUCUUUGGUACAAGAGCAUGAAAAGCUGAAAGCGGAUAAGGACAAAAAUACAAUGACUCUAGAUUGUUUGCCGUCAUGUGACGAAAUAGAAGUGACCUCUAUUCACUUGACGAGGAAUUGGGUGCUCGAGGAGCCACAGAAAGGCACCUUGGUGACCAUUCGAAUGGCGUCGCUGCCCACCAUACGGUUUCAGAGGAAUUUAUUGCGCACCGGUCUAGAUUUAGUAGUAUCGGUGGGAGGCAUGGUGGGGCUAUUCUUCAGUGCUUCUAUUCUGACCGUUGUGGAAAUAUUUUAUCUAUUCUUUAGGAAUUCACGAUAGCUGUAAUAAUUUAUAAAAGCUCGCUUCGAAUAAAUCAGAUCUAACAAAGA